AACACAGAAAUGAAUAGUAUAUUCACAAAAUUAAUCUUGUCAUCUGUAUUAACGUAGAUGCUGGUCAAGUUUCACUAAUAAGGGAUACCAAUUUUUAAAAAAAAAUAGAUAUGUUUUUGUCAAGAUAUGUUUUAAUGUCUUGCUUUGAUUUGCUAUGUAGUAUAUAUUUUACUGCUGGAUUUAAUAUAGAUACGAAAAAUACAGUAUCAUUACGCGGAUAUUCGGACCCUGGCAAUUAUUUCGGAUACUCCGUUGGGAUAGCAGUGAGAAAACAUACAGAGGAUAAUUGGAUAGUGGUCGGUGCACCGCGAAGUAAUGACCCAGAGCUGCCAGAUGUACAGAGACCCGGUGCUGUGUUUGCCUGCAACAUUACUUCUAAAGGGAAUUCUAACUGCACAAAACUGGAUAUUGACAAAACCGAGGGACUUGACAAUGUGCAGUUAAAUGGAAAACAAAUAAUAUUCAAACACGGUAGAAAUAAUUCUUGGCUAGGGGGAUCUAUAGACGUUGUGACUUCCGGUUCAUCAGAAAAAAUUGCAAUUUGUGCACAUAGGUGGUGCAACACAUACUUUUAUGGUCAUUCAUACAUGACUGGUCUAUGUUAUGAAAUGCCUUUAGAUUUGAACAUGACAAAUGUUAAAAAGAUACCUGCCUUGGUUGACGGAAGUCAAUAUAUGAAACGUUUACAAGAUGGUGAUAAUUUUGUACAAAAAAUAAAUUACGGUUUUGGUGGACUUGGCAUUUCGAUUCAUUACACAAAGAAUGGCAAUCACUUACUUUUGGGAGCUGCGGGUCUGCUUGACUGGACUGGUGGUUUUGUUGAUGUGGACAGAGAUAACGUAAAAGUCAUGCAGAAUGAUGUGAAUUCUUUUGAUAGAUAUCUAGGUUAUUCCUCUACAAGUGGUGUGUAUUUUGCUGAUUAUCGGACAUAUUUUGCAUUUGGAGCGCCGAGAGAACAAAUGAUAGGCCAGGUUCUAUUCUUCAAAGCUGGAGAGAGUCAGUAUAAAUUUCAAGAUGCUCCUAUGGUCUUAAAAGGUAUCGAGAACGGCAAGAGUUUACCAAUGAACUCCUAUUAUGGAGCAACAUUAUGCACGAUGGACAUUAACAAUGACAAGAGUGAUGACCUGUUUGUAGGAGCUCCGGUGUACAGUCCUUUAAUAGAUAACCAUUUUACACAGGAACUGGAAAUAGGAAUGGUGUUUGUGUACCUUGGCUCAAGAUUGGCAAUGGAAUUUAAAUCACAACCAGAAACACUGAAAGGAACUUUUCCAAAGGGAAGAUUCGGUAGUGCGAUUGCUAGCUUAGGGGACAUAAACUCCGAUAGCUUUGAUGAUGUUGCAAUAGGUGCACCUUAUGAGGACAACUUCAAAGGGGCAGUGUAUAUCUACAAUGGAUAUACAGGCGGAGUCUGGCCGAAGUAUUCACAGCGGAUCUAUUCUGCAGACAUUGAUACUGGUUUACGAGGAUUUGGCAUAUCAAUUGCUUCUGGAAAAGAUAUCAACUUAGAUAAUAUAAAUGAUAUGGUAGUUGGCUCUUAUCUGUCGGACAAAGCAGUGGUCAUGUUCGGACAACAGGUGAUAAUGUUAGAAGCAGACCUAAAAGUAUUGAAUAUGACAGGAGACCCGACUUUUUUAAUUGACAUGGACGGAGAUAAAAAUGAGACAGUAAAUGUCUGUUUCCGUUUUUAUGAUCAUCGAUGUGAUUAUGUACGAUUUAACCUCAGCAUUACCCUUGAUGCAGAGAAAGCUGAUCUGAGGAGAAUCAGAUUUGUCAAGAAUAACGAAUCUUCGAUAAAAAGUGUAUUGCAAGUUGCUAGAAAUAACCUGAUGUGUGCAAGAGAACAAUUAACAACGAAGUCUACGAAUGACAUUGUUAGCGAUAUAGUGAUUCAGGCGGACUACGACAUUGCUGAGAUGAACUGCCCAGAUAUAACUGAUAGCGUAACCAUCAGACUCUUCCAUGGUUUAUACCCUGAUGAUCCAGUUCUUCAACUGAGAAAAAAGUUUCAGUUUCGGAAAAACUGCAAACGAGUUGUGUGCGAAACGGACUUAACCCUUUCAGCUGUGACUGAAUACGCUAAUAUUAGUGGACACCUCUUAUCAAGGAAAUCAGAACUUGCUGUUGAUAUAGCAAUAAGAAAAGUUGGUGAUACGGCAUAUGCAACAGUUUUUGAUAUGGUCUAUCCUAAAUAUCUUAACUAUAUACAUAUGGAAUAUUUACUCGGGGACUUGCAGAUAUCAUGCUAUUUAGCGGAUCCUUUAUAUAAUAACUCAAGACUAAUUUACAGUGAAGACCAAUCGGCAUUAAUCUGCUCUCUUGGGAACCUUAUUUCCAAUGUAACCAGUGUUCACUUCAGGCUUGUUUUAGAACCUAUGACAUCUGGUGUUGAUAUAGAUUCAGUAACUGAUCUUCAAAUGCUUGUUACGACGAUAAGCACAGACAUAAACCCGACGGACAACAAUGAAACCUUGUCAAUCAACCUGCAACGUAAUCCAGUAGCCAACUUCAAUGGGAUAGCAAUCCCCCAGGUAGUAACGUUAGUGGGAUACCAACAGAGAUAUAGAAUGAAGAAUAUAUACAAAGUGUAUAACACAGAAAGAAAACAUAUUUCAGCUACGGUGAAUAUUUCAUAUCCACAAAUACAGCGAGCGGAUAAAGCUCUUCUGUUUCUAAAUCAGACAAAGAUACACUGUGUCCAGACUUGUGAGGCAGAGUGUCAGUUGGCGCAGCAGUACGCGACACCAAUUGUUUACUCGUACUUUAAUGGCCAACAUGUGUCAAGUACUGAAAAACCAGUGACGUCACUAACAGAUAUUCAAAAUGCUGACUGUUUAAAACAAAUAUGUUCCAUAUUUACGUGUACCUUGAGAAAUUUACAGCCAAAAAGUACUGCAUACAUCUACACGGAAUUUGUAAUAGACACUGAAAUCGAGACCAUCAUUAAGGAAGGUGAAUCAGUUGAACUGAUAUCUACUGGUAGUGUAGAGAUAGGUCAAGGCAAUAUUCAAAAUAUGCAGGUCAGUACAACUUUAAGAAAGAGAAUGAUAAAACCCUUGGUGAAAGAAUUGCCAUGGUGGGUAAUCCCCCUAAGCGUUCUGUGUGGUAAUCUUCUAUUGUCGUUGAUAAUCGUUCUACUGUGGAAGGUAGGCUUCUUUGAGCGAAAGUUGCGGGAUGAGUUAAUAAGAAGAAAGGCACAAAUAUCAAAUUCAGGAAAGGUGACUGGAAAAGUGUCGACUUCAUAUACGGGGCAAGUAUCUGGCAAGCGUGUUACUGAUGAUUCGGGACAAGUGUCUGGGAGAAAGCCGACACGUGUCAGGAAGCUGUCCUACAAUUGA